UCAAAGCCUGAUCUAGUAGUCACAUUGAAAUGCUCGAAAAGAUUGUUUGGAUAUUUAUUUAUCCACAGUUUACGCCACCAGCACCUGAUGUCAACCGUAGUGCCAUUUUGUUUCCAAAGUGUCCGCCAACCGUUUCUAGUUUGCGUUACCGUACAUAAAGCGCGCCAUUUGACAGUUUUAAAUGAGAACACCUUUGUACUGAUAUCUUUCAAUGGCGAACAUCGCCGCACACGCACCUUCAGGAAUUCCGAUUGUCCAUUUUUCAAUGAGUACUUUGUGUUUGAAACAAUUACAUCGCUUGAAAAGUUAUUUCAAACUUCUUUGAACAUAGCAGUGUUUCAUCAUACAUGUUGUUCAACGAAGAACCGUUGCGUUGGAGAGUUCUCAAUCGAUUUGAAGACAAUUUGGGACAGUCCAAAUCAUGCUAUCCUACAAAAGUGGGCAGUAUUAGAGGAAUGUACUGUUCCAUCUGGAGAUGGCAACGUUGGAUUUCUGCAACUUGAUCUAUCAAUUGUAACAAAUCAGCAACAGUCAAAUCCAGUUAUCCACCCUGUGAUAGAUAAUGACACAAUUGAAGAUAACCUUUUGGAACCUCAUACAGAUAGCGCAAAUCUUCAACGGGUAAAGUAUGCUAUCAGCAUUUAUCAAGGUGAAUUUCCUACUAAAACGAGUCUUUCAAUCCAAGUAUCAUUUGGAGGAGUUCAGUCAAGAACCAACCUGUCACAACACAAUGGCGCCGUUCACGAGUGGAAUGAGAAGAUAUCAUUUAUCGGGACAUUUCCAUCGCUGACGCAGACUUUUGUCUUUGAUGUCAUUGCAAGUGACUGUUGCCAUCGGCGAGUUGUGGCUAGCAAGGAUCUACCAUUCUUCAAGCUUUCGAAGCAGAUUGAUGGCGUUUAUUCCCUCCCGACAUUUGGUCCCUCCUAUCUGCACUUCUACCAAGGCCCGCAAAACGCUGUUUACGUUGGACGAUUGCUCCUAACGAUUACGACCGAAAUCGUUCACAAUCGGUCAGUAACACCGAAAAAAUGUCAAGCAUUCCCCAUUUCAUCAUCACUGGAUACAACUGAUUUUUGGACGGAAGAGCAAUUCAUGAUGAAGCUAGUCAUUUUCAAUGCUUUAGUUUUCGAUCCCGCCAAACCGACAAAGAUUACCCUAGCUCUGAAUUGUCUAUCCCAAUCGUCAAACAUCGUCGAACUGCAGCUGGAUAAGUUCCCUACAUCAAAAGUACGAAAAGCAACCUUCCAGGAAUUUCCCGACAACUAUCGUCCGCUACUGACAGUCGAUUUCCGCUGUCCGGACUUUCGGUGGAAAUACGAACUGACCAUGACUCUGCGGCGUGCGGUUACCCAAGGACGAAAUUUGCAACAAAAAUUCACUUUGUUCCGAAUGGAUAACGGCGAAAGGCAAAUCCAUCCAUUGAAGCGAGCCAUGCUGAGCGUGCUGAUGGAUUUUGGUGGCUCUCUGAAGACUGCACAGGAAAAUUUGUACGUCAGGAAUGAUAAACGGCUGACGCAAUGGGACCACAAGUGGAUGCUAUUCGUCGUGGAGCAGAUAGACGAUAUUAUCUCUUCGAUAAAUCAACUGAAGGCAUCUUUAUCUGACCCAUCCCUGAAAAACAUUUCAACUAUCGAAUCGGAAUUGAUCCGCAUUCUACAUAUCCUGGAAGAUCUAGUUUAUGACGAGCAGAGCACAUUUCCCGAAUGCAUUCUUCUGAUUCGUCACUCAGUGGGACGUAACUGCUGCAAGCGUGCCACCACCGGGAAGAGAUGUACCCAUUUCGAUGCUAUCAGCCGUUUGAAUACCGUCGAAUAUCUAUGCUUUCCAUCGGAUACUGCUGGCGAUGCCACCGGCGAAAACGAAGGCUCAUCGUGUGGCACAAGAAGCGCGAUAUUGGCAAGGCCAUCACGUUGUCAGCAUUCCUGUGAUCCGGAGUGGUGCGGCUGUGUCUAUGCAAAGUUAGAUGUCGCGAUCUGGGUCGGUACGGAACGGGAAGCAAGUGAAUUCGGAAGGUGGGAUGGAACGCAGCAGGGUCGUAAAGUUUUUCCCGGUAAAGAAAAUCAUCAACACCGGGGACAGCAAGUUCAAAGCUGUGAGGUUGACUCAACGGUACAAUGUAUUGUCAAUGUGCAUCAAGGGAAAAUACAAGCUGGAUUUGAUAGUAGCGGGCUGAGUGAUCCCAGGCUUGUGGUUUUGAUGGGGAACCACGAAAUGGCUACAUCGGUUAUAUCCCAGACUCUGUCUCCUCUUUGGAACGAAGUCAUCGAGUUCCGCAACAUCAAAAUACUGGACCACAGCCACAGUCUCCGUGUAGGAGAAAUUUCCAUCAUGCUGCUGCUACUCGAUGAAGAUAAACGGCAGUGUAUGCAGAAAAACGAAACCAUUGGCAUUGGUUGGGUCAAGUGUCGGCUCCGGUCAGCAAACACCUCUGGCCACGUUACACACCAAAUCGACAAAAAUUUGCACGAGCCUACGGACGCUGACAUGUCGCUGUCUCCGGGGAAUCCAUCUUUAUUAGAUAAUGGCCGAUUCGGAGGAAGUGUGAAAAACACGAGUCAUCCAUCUGAUAAGCCAUCGAUUCCACUCGGUCAACACUCCCAGGAAGUGGACAAUAAAAUAUCGCUCUUUCCGAGGAGAAGGGAAACACUCGCUCGGGACGAUGACCCGUGGCAAAACUUCGACGACACUCGCAGGGAUAGCGUUCUGCGGUGGGUGGGGAUCUUUCGAAAUGGUCAACGCAUGGCGGAUGUGUUACUAUCUGUUCUAAUUGUAAAGGUGGAUGGAGCAGGACAUGAUACCGUGACUAUAAAUCUUAAGGCAGGAAUUCCAGAAAGCAUUUGUCCGAGUUCGAGAAGGUUCCAUGUGCAAGUGUUAUUUGCUGGAUUGAGAGAUUUGCACAGAUGGACACGGAGUGCGGCUGGACGCUACCGAGUGCAGGUCGUAUUUGGGGAGCUGAAGCUGAUGAGUGGUUUGUCGUAUCGGAAUGCCGGGCACUCGAUGAGCUUUUCGGACAUGUAUGCUUCUGGAUAUUUGAUGCUUCCUUCAAAAUUCGAAUAUUGGCCACCUCUUGUAGUUCAACACGUCGAGUACACCAUGCUGAAAGGCGAGCGUGUUGUUAGCUCCAAUAUUAUCAAUCAUCCAGAACUUUCAUUCACGGAUGAUACGAUACAGCCAAUCAAAAACUAUUUAAUCAACAAUUAUCGAUCACAAAACGAAACGGAAAGAAUUUCCAUAGAUACGUUCUACAGUGCAGAGCAGGAACCUCUCAUUGAACCGACCAAGGUGGAACCAACUUUCAGGCACAAACUGCUGCCAACGUUGCUUGCCGUUAAAUCCGUUGUCUCGGGAAAAAUCAAGGCCAACCGCAAGAGAGCUGCUGAGAGUUCAGCAGCAGCCGUCAAAAGACGAGGCUCCUUGGAGACCGAAUACACGUGGUGGACCAAGUUCUACAACAGCUGCAGCUCCCAACCGUCUGACUACAAGCACCGGUUGAAGAUUUACCCUUGUGAGCUCGAGAAAGUUCCAGAGUUUCAAAGCUUCCAGGAUUGGAGUGCACCAAUUCCCUUGUUGAAGAAAGUUGAUCGUAGUAAUAUAAAGCCAUUUAAGACGUAUGGAAACCUAAAAUGCAAGAUUAUAAUUAGAUCCACUGAGGAGAACAAUGGAAGCAAAAUGUUGGAUCCCAGUUCUGAUUUAAUGUUAAGGGCCAUUCCGAAGUUGAUGUCCGAGACUAGCAUAAUUGUAGUGGCUUACAUUGUGCAAGGAAAAAAUCUACGAUCUCGAGAUAUUUUCAGCCUGUCUGAUGCUUAUGUGAAGUUAGAACUUGGAAAAGAGAAAAUUAUUGAUAGGCCCAACUACGUUAAGGAUCAGUCUAAUCCUCUGUUUGGUAGAAGAUUUGUCAUGCAUGGCCGAUUACCACGCGAUCACAACCUGAAAAUAUCAGUGAUUGACAGAGAUACCUGCUCGCCGGAUGAUUUGAUCGGAACUACCACCAUAGAUGUUGAAGACCGCUUCCGAACGAGACAUUUUGCUACUUUCGGCCUACCACAGGAAUACAACGCAUCAGGGUACAAUGCAUGGCGUUUUCCCAUGAAGCCAAGUUCCCUCCUAGAUCAAAUAUGUUUUCACAAUGGUAUUGUUGGGCCCAAUUACUUUGGCAGUACUGUUCAGCUUGCGGGUGUAACCUUUCGCGAUUCCACCGUUUUAUCGAAGACUGAAGAUAUCCACGAAAGAGCUGCUCUAGCGGCACUGAACAAUUUCCAACAAAUCCCCGUCAUUGGGUGUCACCUUGUGCCGGAGCAUGUCGAAACCAGGUCUCUUUUUCAUCCUGACCAUCCCGGUAUAGAGCAAGGACAGUUGCAGCUUUGGAUUGAGGUUUAUCCUGCCGAGGCAACUCCAACACUAGUAGAUAUUACUCCGAAUCCGCCGAAGCCGUACGAGCUGCGUCUUAUCGUGUGGAACACUCAAGAUGUCAUUCUGGACGAACGAAACAUCUUUGGAACUAAGAUGAGUGAUAUCUAUGUGAAGUGCUGGCUCCAAAACGUGGAUGAGGCGCAGUUCACUGACAUCCACUACCGAUCACUGGACGGAACGGGAAACUUCAACUGGCGUAUGGUGUUUCCACUCGUUUACUCCAGCUCCGAAGCCAUGAUGGUGGUAACACGCAAGAAAAGUUUCUACGAGCAACUUGACACCGAGCAGAAAGUUCCUCCGCUGCUGACAGUGCAAGUGUGGGAUAAUGAUCUCUUUUCUCGCGAUGACUUUCUCGGUACGUUGAACCUCAAUCUGGCUCAACUUCUAAGGCCGGCCGCGAAGCCGGCAAAGUGCACACUUCAGUCACCUGCUGCCAUCCGGCGGGACCAAUAUCUGAAUCUUUUCCGCGAAGAGAAAAUCCGUGGAUGGUAUCCGAUUGUGGGAAAAGUCAACGACAGGAUAAUUCAAACGGGAAAAAUCGAGCUGGAGCUUCAGAUUCUCACCGAGGAGGAGGCCCUACUGAGACCGGCCGGCAAGGGACGCAAGCCACCGCAAAAGCUGCCGGCACCAGACCGUCCGGAUACGUCCUUCAACUGGUACCGCAACCCGCUCAAAUCCUUCCGCUGGAUCCUGUGGCCGUUUGUUCGAAAAGUGUGCCUAGUAUUGCUGGUGAUAGCCCUCGUCGUACUACUCUGCAUCGGACUGAUAAGCAACACACCCAGAGAGAUUAUAGCAAGAGGCUUCGCCCGGAAGGCGUCACUGGAUAGCGCCGUCACCACCGGAAUAGUGGAACAGUAAUAUUGUGAAAUUGUCUAUGGAAACUCGUGAACAAAGUAUGUAUGUAGGUAGAGUGUCCCGCCAACCUUGCUUGUUGAGUCUGUUAUCUAGUGGUUUGUUAUCUAGUGGUUAAUUACGAAUAUAAUUGUGCUGAUUGUGCAAAGUGGCAAUUUUUCAUCAUACUCACUUGGAGCAUAUGUCUAUCGUAAUUGAAGAUAU